AUGCCCAAAGAAUCCGAGGUUGACGUCCUGAUCAUUGGCGCAGGGCCUGCUGGCGUUAUGUGCGCCAAUGCGCUCUCCCUCGCGGGGGUCAAUAUGCGGAUCGUGGACAAGCGGCCCGCGAAGAUUGCUGCGGGCCAGGCGGAUGGCAUUCAGCCGCGUACUAUUGAAGUGUUUCAGAGUUACGGCCUCGGAGAACGCCUAAUUCGGGAAGGGAACCAAAUGCACAUGGCCGCUUUCUACAACCCCAGUCCAUCUGGCGGCAUUGAGGUGCAAGCCAAUGAACCAUUCCAUAAUUCAAACCAGCUGACACUAUCUCUACAGAUCACGCUACAUCAAGGCGCCAUUGAAGCUAUUUUCCUCGACUCUAUGCGCACUCGAGGCGUAGAGGUUGAACGCCCCAUUGUGCCUACUGCCAUUGAGAUCUCGGAAUCGGAGGCUGAACUCAAAGACCCAACAUCUCAUCCCAUCAAGGUUACUCUUCAGCAUCUCGAUCCUGCGGCUGGCGAAGACCCCACGGAAAUAGUGCGGGCCAAGUUCGUUCUCGGUGCCGACGGCGCACACUCAUGGGUUCGCAAGGAGAUUGGUAUCACCUUGGACGGAGAGCAGACAGACUACGUUUGGGGCGUCGUAGACAUGAUCCCCGACACCGACUUUCCCGACAUCCGAUGCAAGUGCGCCGUCCACUCCGACAACGGAUCCUGCAUGAUCAUCCCCCGAGAAGGCGACAAGAUCCGUCUGUACAUACAACUCUCCGAUCGUGAUGUGAUCGAUCCUGCGACUGGUAGGGUCGACAAGAAUAGGUUCGGUCCCGACAAGAUCCUCCAAGUGGCGAAGAAGUCAUUCCAUCCUUUCGAAAUCUCCCAGAUCGGAGAGAUUGAUUGGUGGACCCUGUAUCUGAUUGGUCAAAGAGUGGCUACAAGGUUCUCGGUUCAUGAACGUGUGUUUAUCGCCGGUGAUGCUUGCCACACGCAUUCGCCCAAGGCUGGCCAGGGGAUGAACGCCAGUAUGAACGAUACCCACAACCUCGCGUGGAAACUCGCCCAUGUACUCCGUGGCUGGGCAGACAUUUCCUUGCUGAAGACCUAUGAAUUCGAACGGAGGAAGUACGCCCAGGAUCUCAUCGACUUCGACAAGAAGUUCUCGAAGCUGUUCUCCGGAAAGCCACGGACCAAACUCAACCAGGACGGCGUAUCCCACGAAGAGUUUAUCGAAGCUUUCCAAACAUUCGGGCUCUUCACCUCUGGUAUCGGCGUUCACUACGAGCCCUCCGUCCUCUCGUCUCCUGCACACCAGCCAUGCGCCUCCAACCUCACCGUCGGCCAGCGUCUCUUGCCGUACAUCUUCGUUCGCGCAGCAGAUGGCCGCCCCUAUGAGAUCCACGACCUGCUCCCAUCCGAUACGCGUUUCAAGAUCCUCGUCUUCGUUGGGAACACCGUCGCUCCCACCCAGCCCGCACGCGUACAGGCGCUUGCGGAUCAGAUGGCGGCGCCCGAGAGCUUUUUGCAGAAGUUCGGGAAGGGCAAGCCCGAGGCCAUCUUCGACGUCUGGUCGAUCAGCUCGGCGAAGAAGACGGAGCUGAACUACACAGACCUCCCACGCUUGUUCAGGCCGCACUGGUCUAAGGUUCUGCUGGACGACGUGGACAUGUACGGUCGCUCCGGAAGCGGUGGAUACAAGAAGUACGGCAUCGACGAGGAGAAGGGCGCCAUCGUUGUCAUUCGUCCCGACGGUUACGUUGGUGUCGUCGCGCCAUUCGAGGGCCUGGCGGAUGUGGAGACGUACUUCUCUGGCUUCAUGAUCGCGUAG